CGUACGCUGUUUUCUUUAAAAAAAAAUAUUUUUAGAAUAUUGCCAGUUAAAUUCUCAAAACUUUUGAAAUUCUAAUUUUCACACUGUUGAUCCAUGUCGUUGAAAAGAUUGGUUAAGAGUCUAUUAUCCCAUUGCCUCUCGAUCAUCUCUUUCUUCCGAAGAACGCCGCUACCACCAGAGGAGAGUGAGCUGAUUCAGGAUAGGAGAAUAGUUAUGGCUGAGGAAUUUGUGUCGUCCGGAGUGCAGAAACUCUUGGGCGUCGUGAAUCGAGAAACUAAGCGAUUGCGUGGAGUUCACGAGCAAGUUGCUGAUUUAAUAUGUCAGAAGAGAGCGCUACAAUCAUUUUUGGAAGAUGCAGAUGCCAAGAAAUAUGGGAGUGAAAGAUUGAGAAACCUCUUGGAAGAUGUCAAGGACGUUAUUGAGGAUGCUGAAGCUACAGAAGAUUCCUAUCUUUUGAAAGAACGUAGUGGAGAAGAAAAAGGGAUCAUGACGUGUGUGAAAAGACAUUCUUGCUUCUUAUUUAAUCGCCGGAAAUUUGCUACACAUAUUGAAGGCAUAAAUAAGAGAAUCUCUAAGCUGAUUGCCCGAAUGUGUGAUUUUGGAAUACACCAGAUCAUCGAUGGUAACUGUUCAGUGUCUUCGCACGAGAGACAAAGGCUGCAACGGGAGACCCAACAAACAUUUCCUGGAAGUUCUGAAAACAAUCUUGUGGGAGUGGAACAAAGUGUUAAAACACUGGUUGGUCACUUGGUGGAUAAUAAUGAUAACAUCCAAGUGGUUUCCAUAUCCGGAAUGGGUGGUAUUGGUAAAACAACACUAGCCAAACAAGUUUUUCAGCAUGAUGAUGUACGACGUCAUUUUAAAGGAUUUGCAUGGAUCUAUGUUUCGCAAGAGUUCACUCAAAAGGACAUUUGGCAAAGGGUAUUGCAAGAUCUUAGACCACAUGAUGGAGACGUUAAACAGAUGGAUGAGGGUACUCUUCAAGGAAAACUCUGUCAAUUAUUGGAAACGUCAAGAUAUUUGAUUGUCCUCGAUGAUGUAUGGAAAGAUGAAGCUUGGGACAGAAUCAAAGCGGCGUUUCCCCUAAAAAGAGGUGGUUCUAAGGUGAUACUUACUUCUCGCAAUGAAGGUGUGGGUUCACACGCAGAUCCAACAUGUUUUCCCUUUAGACCAAGAACCCUUACCCUCGAAGAAAGUUGGCAGCUGUGUAAGAGCAUAGUAUUCCCUAAACAAGAUGCAACUGAAUUUGUUGUUGAUGAAGAACUAGAAGCCAUGGGUAAGAAAAUGAUGCUCACACAUUGUGGAGGACUACCUUUGGCCGUUAAAGUGCUAGGAGGCUUGUUAGCUAAGAAACCUACGGUUUCUGAAUGGGAAAAAGUAUGUGACCAAGUUGCACGAGAAUCUGGUUUAGAUGAUAAAAAACUCAGUUCAGUUUACCGAGUAUUGUGUCUGAGUUAUGAAGAUCUGCCAAUGCAUUUGAAGCAUUGCUUCCUUUACCUAGCUCAUUUCCCCGAAGAUUACAAGAUAGAUUUGGAGAAAUUGUUCCUUUGUUGGGCUGCAGCAGGAAUAAUAAAAUCAUUUCAUGAUGGAGAUACCACCAUUCGAGAAAGUGGGGAAGACUAUCUCGAAGAGCUUGUAACGAGAAAUAUAGUUAUAGUUGUAAAAAGCAAUUCGAGUUGGGAGACUCAUUUCCCUAAAGACUACAAAAUGGACGUUGAGGAAUUAUUCACAAACUGGGGUGCAGAAGGAAUAAUAAAGUCAGUUUGGAAUGGAGCGACCAUUCAAGAAAGUAAAGAAGACUACCUUGAAGACCUAGUUAGGAGAAAUAUGGUCACUAUUGUAAAUAGCUAUUCGAGCUGGGGAUCGGGUUACUGUCAGAUGCAUGACAUCAUGAGAGAAGUAUGUUUAUUAAAAUCCAAAGAAGAGAACUUUGUUGACUUCAUCAACUCACAUACUUCCACCACUACCAUCAAUGCUCACAUUCCUAGCAGAUCUCGAAGACUCGUUGUACAUGGUGGCAGUGCACUUCAUAUGCUGGGACGUAAAAAAAAUAAAAGGGUUAGAUCUAUUUUGUGUUUUGGAGCUGAGGGAAACUUGUGGAAGCAGUCAUCUCGAGGAUUCCGAAGUUUACCAUUACUCAGGAUGUUAGAUCUGAAUGGAGCCAAGUUUAAAGGAGGGGAGUUACCUUCCAGUAUUGGGAAGCUCAUCCACUUGAGAUUCUUGAGUUUACGUGGGGCUUGCGUAUCUAAACUACCUCAUUCCCUAGGGAACCUAAAGUUUCUGCUCUAUUUGAACUUGUGCGUCAAUCAGGUAGUUCAUGUCCCAAAUGUUUUAAAAGAGAUGCUAGAGUUGAGGUACCUUUUGCUACCAGCUUUUAUGGACGAUAAAACGAAGUUGGAAUUGGCUGCUCUAGUAAAGCUGGAGACGUUGUGGUAUUUCCCAACGAAAAACAUCAGUGUGACAGACCUCCUAUGUAUGACUAGGCUCAGGACUCUCCGUGUAUAUCUCAAUGGUGGGUGUACUUCUGAAACACUAUCUUCAUCUCUUCGUGGAUUAAGUAAGCUGGAGCAGUUUACUUUAGUUGCUUCUGACAAAUCACAUGUUUAUAACGGGGGAGAUUUCACUAGGGACUGCAAUCGUCUAAAGAGUUUAACGCUGGUGAUGCAUAUGCCAAGGUCUCUUGAGCAAGAUCAAUUCCCUCCUUUACUUGCACACAUAUGUCUGCAAUAUUGCAGGAUGGAGGAGGAUCCAAUGCCGGUUCUUGAAAAGUUGCUUCAUCUUGAGUCGGUUGAUUUAUCAGAUAGUUGCUUCGUCGGGAGGAGAAUGGUGUGCUCGGAAUCUGGAUUCCCUCGGUUAUGUGCUCUACAAAUAUCUAAACAAGAAGAACUGGAAGAGUGGAUAGUAGAAGAAGGGUCGGUGCCAUGUCUUCGUACUUUGACUAUAGAGAAAUGUGAAAAGUUGAAGGAGCUACCUGACGGGUUGAAGUAUAUAACUUGCUUGAAGGAACUGAAGAUUCAAAGAAUGAACAAGGAGUGGACGAAGAAAUUGGAACCAGGUGGGGAACACUACUGCAGAGCCCAACACAUUCCUGAUGUUCAGUUUAUCAAUUGUAUCGGCGAAUAAGAAUAAUAAAGUCUACCAGGUGAGAAUCUUGACCUGAUAUGUUACCGAUUGUGUGUGAUGUGAUAAGUCGUUUUAUCUUUUGUGUUGAUGUAUAAUAUUCAAACAUAUCUUAUUUACGAACUUACGUUUGUAUGUUGCUUACUUGCAAACUCUCUCUUUCAUUCUAUUUAAGUUUGAUAUAAUAUUGUGAACCAU